AUGAACGAACAUAACAGCAGCAUGGUAAGGCAAAGAACUCCAACAUCGAAACUUCACAGGCACUGCGAGAGCUGCCACAGCCGGCGCUGCAGGACGCCCAUCGAGAUUUCGGUCUCUUGCCUUCUCAUCAACUGUCGUUUGCUCUGCGGCGCCGUUUUCCACCUCUGCAAAGAGGAGGAGCACAAGCUGUUGUGUCCCAACGAGAAAGUUCCCUGCCUCAAUGCCCACUAUGGCUGCCCUUUCACCCUGUGCCGCUCACAACUGGCCAAGCACCUGGAGGUAUGUCCUGCCAGCGUGGUCUGCUGCUCUAUGGACUGGAACCGAUGGCCCAUCGAGGAGGAAGACAAUGCUGAGUUCUACCAGAACAUUCUACGGGAGACGUACCAAGAAGAACCCUUGGACUUGGCCAUGGCCUUGAGAGACCAGAGACACCUUUUUCAGUCUCUGAAAAUGAAAGCUCUUUUUCCAGAGCUCAUCGAAAAGGUGAAAGAAGCCGACCCUCCGGUCUUGGCGAAGGAGGAGGGAGCGGUUGGAGGCGACCUCCUCGCCGACGAGCAAGCUGGAGCCUCCGCAUCUGCAGACACGACCUCGAAUCCUGAGCUUCAGGAAGUCGGGUUGACUCAGGAGGAGAGGGAGGCGUUGGCAAGGAACCCUCAUGUGGGGGAUCUGGACAGCUACAGUGCCUGGGAGAGAAUGUUUAGUAUGGAGUUGAGUGGUUGCAAGCACACCAUAAAGGCAUUGGGAACCAAGCCAGAGCCAAGCACGUCCAGAGAGCGCAGGUUACCGAUCAGCCCAUACAAGCUAGAGACCGUAGAGGAGAGGCCUGAGCAGCCUGGGAAGGAGACACCAGCACCAGCUGCCAACAUACCGGAUUUCUGUCCGUACGGAAUGGACGAAGAGAAGUUUAUCAUCGCCUCUGCACUCUUUGCGUGCGACAAGAAUCCGAAGAAAAAAUUUAUAUACAAGAGCGUGGAGCCCAUGAAGAUAAAGACCGUGCGCACCUUCAGGUUCCCAGCCAGUUACAGGGCAAAAUCGACCCGCAUUCGAAACCCAUCCCGAAACAAGCGGAUCAGCAAAGAGGUCGACACGGCCGAUUUGGGAUUUCAGUUGGAAGACUUGCCGAAAUGGGAUGAGGUUCAAGCAACUAUUUUGUGUUCUCUAGAAAAGGAACUAAGAGGACACCUGAUCGCUGAGGCAAGUGUCACAGAUGGCCUGCUCGUUGAUGAGGGAACGCAAACGUAUGACUUCCAUUCAGCUCCUUUUAAACAGGACACCUCGUUGGCCGACCUCACCGCUGACAGGCCUCUUAAGCUACACGUCCAGGUCCAGACCGAAAGCGUCACCAGGAGACACAACAAAUCCAGCUCCGUUUUCACGUACCUGUGCUGCCAGUCGUUCAGAAGGGACGAGUUCGCCUCUCACUUUAAAAACGUCCACUCGGACAUCCACACGUGUGUCAGCGGCUGGUUCGAACAGAGAUGUCCCCUGUCCUACCUGGGCUGCACCUACACUCAGAAGAGGUUCCAGCCCUCCACCCACAGGGCCACAGUCACCUACGACAAAGAACUUAGUACCUUUUGCCUCAGACCAGAUGUCCCCCCCAUUCUGCAGGAGAGCAUGAAACCGGUGACUUCAGAGAGGAAGAGGGCACGGAACCUGGACCCUUUAAGCACAUUGCCCUUUGAGGUUCUUGUGCAUAUUGCUGGGUUCCUGGACAGUUUCACCCUGUCCCAGCUGGCCCUGGUAUCCAAAUUUAUGCGGGAGGUUUGUGCGGUUUUACUGCACGAGAGGGGGAUGGUCACUCUCAAGUGGGAGAAAAAGACCUACUCCCAUGGCGGAUUUUGCUGGAGGUCCAGAAAGCAGGUCUGGCAGUUCAGCAACCUCUUCUCCACCGUCAGGUGUUGGCGCUUCGAUGAGUUUCCUCCAAUCUCAGAACAUCUCAAAGUCUGCCCCUACUACAACACAGAGAGAAAAACAGACCCUUUCCCUUUAACCGGUGUUUUCCAGAGCCAAGACACAGACGUGAAGAGUCAGAGUCUAGUGUCUAUGUUCCUGAAAAAUUAG